CCCCCUCAAUCCAUCAAAGAAACAAGCAAGGUCACACCUCGCUACCUCGCCACAACAAUGGCCUCCAGGUCCUCCAUCCUGCUUGCUGCGGCUGCGCUGGCAGCUCUGCUAGCCAUCGGCUCAUGUGGCUCCGCGCUCACCUUUAAGACCGGCCCCGGCUGCAGCGCCACCCGCCUGGUCCUCAUCCCCAGCACCGCUAUUUCCGAGGUGGAGGUAAAGGAGAAGGGCGCCAGCGACUUCUCGGAGCUGAAGGAAGGGCCGGCCGGCACCUGGACGCUUGAAAGCAAGGCACCUCUCAAGGGCCCCUUCUCCAUUCGCUUCGCCGCUAAAUCCGGUGGCUACCGUGUCGUCGACGACGCCAUCCCCGCUAGCUUCAAGUCCGGCUCCAGCUACAAGACCAGCCUCCAGGUCUAAGCAACGGAACGUACCCGCACGCUUUGGAGUUGGAUGGGAAUUAUAUUGACCUCCAAAUAAUUUUUCGGGCCUGCAUGCCAACAUGCUAAUAUUUUCUUCUGUGGUUAGCUGAUCGGCCACUCUUAGACUACGGUAUAGGGCAAAUGUUUAACUGCUGAUGUCCAUCCGCUCAUGUACAUUGUAUGCAUGCAUCAUGCGUGCAUCGACUAGCGGUUC